ACUCCGUACUACAGCAAAAUCUUCUGUCACUUCUUCGCCCUUCCGCUGCAAUUGCAUUUCAUUUUACAACAACGACAAACCAACAAAUUUAGCUGCAACUACUGCUUAUCCCCUUUCUUCGUCGUCCCACCAGACUCACAAAGGUUUCUGAUACAUGAUAUGCACAUUCUAUGAUUCGGAGCAGGAAUAAAAAGUUAGUUAGAACGGAAAUGAGAGUUAGUUAGAAGCGGUUAGACUUGUUAACCGAUUGUUAGCUACGUACUCAGCUAUAUAAGCUGAUCUCUUCUUCAAUUGUAAACAUACAAUUUACAAUCUUAAUGCAUAACUCUCUUUCUAUCAAUCUAUCUUCUCCUUCCCAAGAUUCUAUCUGUAUCGGUGCAAUUCCGGUGGCCGUUCUUAGCUCCGGCAGCCCCAAUUCCGCACCAGUUUCUUUCUAUGAACUCCUAUUAAUGUUUGACCCGAUUGCCUAUGACUGUUUGGGAUUAUGGAGUGAGAAGGCUGGAAAGAAAGACUCAUUGUCACAGACUUCAGCUAUUAGAAAUUUGACCGGAUCGCUUACCUCAGCUGAGGGGCUCCGUUUUGCUAUAGUGGUGGCACGCUUCAAUGAGAUCGUCACCAGGCCACUUUUGGAUGGAGCUUUGGAUACUUUCAAGAGAUACUCAGUUAAAGAGGAAGAUAUUGAUGUUGUAUGGGUUCCUGGUAGCUUUGAAAUCGGCCUAGUUGCUGAGAAGCUUGGGAAAUCAAGAAAAUAUCAAGCGGUCUUGUGUAUUGGGGCUGUGAUUAGAGGUGAUACAUCCCACUAUGAUGCUGUUGCGAAUUCGGCUGCUUCUGGAGUAUUGUCUGCUGGUCUAAGUUCAGGUGUCCCUUGCAUAUUUGGUGUUCUGACGUGUGAUGACAUGGACCAGGCUUUAAACCGAGCCGGUGGUAAGGCGGGAAACAAGGGCUCUGAAACUGCAUUGACCGCUAUUGAGAUGGCAUCUUUGUUUGAGCAUCAUCUGAAGUUUUGAGGAUUUGUUGUGUUGUGGAGUACCUUUCAACUUGCAGGCUUCGGUUACAAUAGUUUUUGGUAACUGUGAAUCGAUAGGAACCUAUAAUAAUCCAAGUAUGUUACCCUACUUUUCCAUUUGAUUUCUUUGAGGCUGAAAGUUCCCAAGGCUUGGAAUUGAUAAUAAAUGAUAGAUUAUCCACAUAAAUUGUACAGAUUAGGUGAGUUUCAAACUUGAAAUGUUUUGAUUUAUGGUUUUA